AUGUCUACUAAUAUUGGUGUUGAUAACAAUUCAAACAGCCAAUCAAAAAACGAUGCUACUACACAAGUACUGUCUUGUACUAAAGUUUUCAUUAAACAACUCAUUGCACGUAAACCAAUGGAUAUAUUGCAAGCUGAAAUUGAUACACGAAAUGAAUUGAGACGUGACCUUAAUUGGAUUCAAUUACUUGCUAUAGGACUUGGUGCUACUAUUGGUGCUGGCAUAUUUGUAUUAAGUGGACAAGCUGCUGCACAAUAUUCUGGCCCAUCGAUCAUCAUUUCUUUUGUUAUAACAGGAGUUAUUUCUUUAUUGUCAUCUUUAUCAUAUUCAGAAUUAGGAUCAAUGAUGCCUAGUUCUGGAUCAGUUUACACAUAUACUUAUGCAGCUUUGGGAGAAUAUUUGGCAUGGUUUAUUGGGUGGAAUACUGGAUUACUUUAUCUAUUCGGUAUUUUGACAGUGACAGUUGCUUGGGGCAAGUAUGUUGUCCUAUUUGUUGAUAUUGUGUCCGAUUACAAUGUAACAAGCAUGAUUGUCCAAGCACCAGUGGCUUGGAAUGAAGAUGCUGAACGUUUUUAUGUUACUGGUCAAGCGAUUAACUUACCUGCUAUUGGAAUCACUAUUGCUAUUACAAUGCUUCUUCUUAUUCGAAUUCGUCAAACAGCUAUAGUCAAUCUCGUAUUGGUUGUAUUUAAAAUUAUUAUCAUCUUAAUAUUUAUUUUUGCUUGUUGUAAUUAUGUCAAUCGCAAUAAUUAUAAUCCGUUUUUCCCACCCAAUGAAGGUUCGUUUAGUAAAUAUGGAGUAACAGGCAUGCUACAAGCAUGUACUUAUAUAUUCUUCGCCUAUAUUGGUUUUGAUUCAGUUUCAACAGUAGCUCAAGAAGCGAGAUCACCAGAGAGAUCGCUGCCAGUUGCUAUUAUCGGAUCAACAAUUAUUUCACUACUACUUUAUAUUGGAAUAUGUACUGUGAUGGUUGGACUUGUUUCAUAUAAGUCAUUAGACUUAGAUAGUCCUCUUUCUGUAGCAAUAAAAGCAACACCUUAUGGUCUUUGGUUAUCAAUUCUUAUGGACUUAGGUGCGAUUGCUGGUCUUACAAGUGUAGCACUGAUGUUGAUGCUUUCACAAACUCGGAUAUUUUAUGCAAUGGCUCAUGAUGGUUUAUUACCACCAAUCUUUGCCAAAAUUCAUUCAAACACGACAACUCCAUGGAUUUCUAUAUUAAUUUGCGGUAUAUUUUGUGCUGUUUUUUCUGGUAUUUGUCCAGUAGAUAUUCUUGGUGAAACAACUUCCAUUAGCGCCCUAAUUACAUAUUUAUUCGCACAUAUUACGGUCAUAGUUAUGCGCUACACACAUAAAGACAUGCAAAGAGUAUUUCGAGUGCCAUUUGGUUCAUGGUUGAUUCCAAUUAUAGGUUCUUUACUUUGUAUACUUCUUAUGAAAGGUAUAACAAAACCAACAUGUUAUCGGUUUCUUGUGUGGACAGCAAUAGGACAAAUUAUUUAUUUUUCCUAUGGUUUUUGGCAUUCUAAGCGACGAAAAUUAUUGAAAUGUGGAUCCGUUGCAAGUAACAUCGACCUUGUACCAACAGUAACAAAUGCUAUGGAACCAUAUACGAAUAAUGAGUCUGAAUCGGACUUAGCCAGUGUAAAUACUGAAAGUGCAGCAUAA